UACACACAGGCACACGCACACGGAGGAUGCUGCUGCUGCUGCCGCCACCGCUGCUCCGCUAACCUCUCACCUAGAUCAUCCCCUUGUGAGCUCCGCUCUGCAGCCUGAUAUCUCUGCGCUCUGCUCUGCUCUGCCCAGCUGUCACCCCCGGCAUUGGUCCGCCAAGUAGACACACGUAGGCGCGCAGCCGGCCGACCGACCGACCGACCGACCAACCCCCUCCCCCCCCCCCCCCCGCCAGACCGAAGAGCCGGCGAGCGGCGGGACAACCAGGCAGCUUCGAGAUCCGUUGCUGCAGCUCCAACGGGACGGGACAAGGACAGGCGGUCAAGGCGGAGGUCUCCACCGAUCGAUCGAGGAGGUGUGACACUGUGCUGAGUCCCCUCACUGCAUGCAGCAGCACCAUGGCAGCUAUGAGACCAGAGUACGAAGCUGGAGCGGGGCCAGGCGGGACGGUAACGUGCCCAAAGGGACCACAGGCCCGCGUCUAUCCAACGGCGCACCACGCCAACUGGCCUGAGACGCAGCAGAAUCUGGCUGAUACGCAGAGCUGUGUCCAGGCCGAAAAAGCGCCCACCGAGGGUGGGCAUCACAAGAACAAAAUAUCAGCCAACCCGCAGAGGGAGGCCGACCGAGGCUGGCGCAACCUGGCGACUCCCCUGCAAACCGUCGGACCCACGGUGCACCGGAAAAAAAUGUCGGCCACUGGAGAGGCGUCGUGCAGCUUCCGCAGCCCAGAGUCAGUGGAGAUGGACGAGAUCAUGGCCGCCAUGGUCCUGACCAGCCUGUCCUGUAGCCCCGUGGUCCAGAGUCCUCCUCUGACGGAUCCCGGACCAGGACGGACCAAGAGGGAGCAGUCACUAAUGCACAGGCGCUAUUUUCAUCAUAAAGGAACAUGGAAUCUAAAUCCUGGCUCGUCCUCAUCAGCUGACAUGGAGUGCGGCGGCGGCGAGCUCUCUGACAGCGGCAGCAGCGGCUACUGGAGCUGGGACCAUGGCAACGCGAGCCCCACCCCGUCGCCGUUCGUCGCCGAGGUGGACAGCAGCCCCGACGAGGGCCUGCACAUGGACCUGGAGCAGGGGGAGGAGCUUAAUGCCAAAAAGCCAAAGAGCUCUUUCCGGUGUGUGUACAAGUGUCUGUGGCCCAGUUGCGGCAAGGUGCUCACGUCUUCCGUCGGAAUGAAACGACACAUCCGCGUGCUGCAUCUGGGGAGUGGAUCAGAUCAGUCCCAGAGAGAGGAGGACUUCUACUACACCAAGAUAUCCUGUGAGGGUGUGGAUGCCAGCUCCGCUCCAGCUCCUACCCAGCAGGCUCUGGGCCAGGCCUCCUCCUCUCAUCUCAGCUGGGCCUCUUGUGCUUCGCCGCCGGCCGCCGAGCUCCAGAUCCCCCCGGCUCCCAGGCCCAGGUCCAACUCAAGCUCUGGCCCGGGCCCGAGCCGGCCCAGUCCACUCAGCCAGUCGGCCCCGAGCAGCUUCUGGCAGAUCCACUCAGAGCAUCUCUAUCAGGCCUGUGGCCCCGUCCAGGCACCUGUGGCCCCCAGUAGCCCCGGCUGCCAGGGGUGGACGCCCACCGCCCCCGUCUCCGGCAACAGUAACACUCCAAUGGUGAAACCCCGCUGCCGGUCUGUGAGCGUCGGCGAACAGUGGCUCCAGCAGAACAGGCUGCAGCCGAUGAGCGCGUCGCCCUCCCGCUCCCACUGCUCCUUCAGGAAGGGGCGCGGCGAGGCCAAAAAGUGCCGCAAGGUUUACGGGGUGGAGCGCAAGGAUCAGUGGUGCACCGCCUGCCGCUGGAAAAAGGCCUGCCAGCGCUUCCCUGACUAAAAAAAAAAUGUAAAAAAAACUGCUGCGUGAUGAAGAGAGAGCGUGAGAUACACAGAGGCGGAUGAGCGGACCAGUGAGAGAUAAAGAGACACUUUUAUCAAAACAAGAGGAUAUAAAUCAGGGCCCGAGAGCCAUCAAGGAAACACAACUGUUAUUUGAUUACGUGUUCGUUGUUUUUUUUUCUAACGUACAGCCUGUUUUGUUUCUUUCCUAAGAGAAUGCAAGUGGAGUUUUUCUGUAUCUUUGUAACUUGACCCUGACAACUGAAGUCUGCGAUGGUGCUAGCUGUUGACUGACAUUUACCAUGUGAUGUGCUAAGCGUACAAUACUUUAUCCAAAGGUCAUAGUACUGCCCCCGUUGCUCCGCGUUAUUAGAACUGCUACCUGGCUGUUUUCUUUGCUCCGACCCUCUCUUCCAGUGGUUACACAGUGCUUAUGCUGUACAUUAUGUUGUAUGCUUUCAGUUACAUACGAGUAUUUUUUACCUUUUAUUUUUUAUCGUCUCGUUCGGGCCCAUGUUUUUGGGCAGAUUCUCUUUUGGGGAAUUGACAUGUUUUUUGGCACUUUGUUCGUUCAUAUGAAACUCACAAGAAUAAGCUACAUUUGGUUGGACUCAACCAAGCUCCUUCCAUGAAAUGGAUUUCCUUCCUGCCCGUGUUGUCGGCACAUGACCAGUGUUGUAAGGUUUUACCCGUGAAGCUGUGGAGUAAUGGGAAUAGCGUUAGGAGAAUGAGUUUGUAAUAGCAAUAAAAAAUAAAAAAAGGAAAUAUAUUGUCAAACACAUUAAAAAGCACUGAGAAUUUAA